AUGCUGCAGGGCUUGCCGGAAUUACUGCGCGGAAGUACCUUGCAUUGGUACAGGAACAACAAGAAAGCGUGGAAAGAGUGGAAUGAUUUCACGAACGCAUUUCGGGAACAUUAUUUUCCAUAUAGAUACAAGAACCAAUUAAAAAUAGAAGUACAGAAACGACUGCAACAAGCAAACGAACCUUUUAGGCAUUACGCCACAGAACUGGCGACGCUCAUGAGAAGAGCAGGCGGAUUUUCAAGAAGAGAUCAAAUAGAGCAGACAUACGAAAACAUGUCGCCAGACUUAAAGCUGCACAUUAGGCGGGAGAAUAUAUACACAUUAGGAGAACUAGGGGCCCAAGCAGCAGAGAUAGAGGAUAUUCAGCGUUAA